UCUCCUCCUUCCUUGACCAUAACGAUCGAUCGAUCGAUCGACAGAGACCAGGCUCCAUGGAUGAGUGGGAUCCCCCACAGUGGAAAAAGGAAAUUGAAAGCCUUAAGUAUCAGUUGGCUUACAAGCGGGAGGUAUCCUCAAAAACAAUUCCUGAAUUCCUUAAAUGGAUUGAGGAUGGGAUCCCAGAAGAUCCAUUUCUGAACCCAGAACGGAUGAAAAACAACCCCUGGGUGGAAAGAGGAAAAUGUACAAUACUCUAGUCCACCAAGCACCAUCCCUGAUUGACAAACGCUUUCCUUUGGACCUGCUCCAAAAUUGCAUAAAAACAGAAGGCUCCAAAAUUCAUUUGCUUGCUGCUCCGGCUCAAUUCUCGUUCAUAGUCCUUUGUUAGUGCUGGGGCCUUAUGGAAGGACUGUGUUGAAGGCUUCCCAAUUACUGGUCUCUGGGGCACUC